AUGGGAUUCGCCCAGUAUGACGGGCCCAUAUGGAAUCCCCAAAAGGGCGACUUCAGCCUGCGUUUCCAGCACGACUACCUUCAGAUUCUAUUCCCUCUGAUCGCCCUCGUCUUGUCCGUUGCGCGCCUCUCUUGGCUAAGCAUAUCCCGCAUCCUCACCUCGCGGUCCGCCUCCAAAGUCAGGUAUAGCCAACUUUCUAGCGAGGACCGCCGCCAUAGUCACACCGAUCUACCUCCCGAGCGCGACCUAUUCAAUGACGACACCGACGACGAUGACGAAGCACUCGAGAUUAACGGGGGUCGCCUCGCCCUGGUCAAGACCACUACCCGCGGCUCUAUUGUCCAGGCCGACAGCCCGCAUGGUCAGCGCCUUUCGCAAGUUAUCGAAGAGCUGGCUGUCGCCUGCCUAGUCGUUCUCAAUGCCAUCAAGCUGGUUUAUCACAUCGACUCCAAGCACAACGGCCAAAUCGUCGCUGUUGCUGGUCUCAUCAAUUGGUCCUACAUCCUGAUCCUCACGACCCUGCGCCUAUUUUUCGGUAACACGAAAUGGCGAAUCCCGCAUCUCUGGAACCACACUGCCUUCCUCUAUGGCGCCAAUUGGCUGUUCUUCCUCUUUGUAUUCCGCUCUAGCGUCAUCAGAGACCUUACACAGCUCGUCCGCGCUGUGUUCAUUAUCGAGUUUGCGCUCAUUUCCCUGCUUUUCAGCAUGGCAAUGACCACUAGGAAGGGCAACAAGACGGUUCUAAUGGAAUGGGAGGACGGUAUCGAGCCCUCGCGCGAGCCGCUCGCCAGUUUGUUCUCCCUUGCCGUCUUUGGCUGGGUUGAUGCGAUCGUCUGGAAGGGCUGGCAGGCUCCUAUGGAGAUGGAGCAUGUCUGGAACCUGCUGCCCAAGGACAAGGCUGCCGCUGUUGUGGCCGACUACCGCGCAAUGAAGCAGACGGGCUCACUGGCGAUUCACUUGCUCAAAUACUUCAAGAGCUUGCUCUUAACCCAGUGCUUCCUGGCUGUCGUGGCUGGUAUUUUCACCUUUGCGCCCACUUUGCUCCUAAAGGAGAUUCUCCAAUACGUUGAAGAUGACCAAGGAAGGCCAAGAAAUGUUCUUUGGCUUAUGGUCAUCGGACUUCCUGUCCUAGAUCUCGUGCGCUCUUACGCCGACAACGCCGCGCUGUGGAUUGGCCGAAAGAUUUGCAUUCGAGUCAAGGCGAUCAUUAUUGCUGACAUCUAUGCAAAGGCCCUCCGUCGCAAGGCCGCUUCGGGCAAGGACAAGGUUUUGCUUGAUUCUGACAAGUCUACCAAGAAAGAUGAGCCCCAGAAUGGUGCUAUUAGCAAGAUCAAGCGAGCUCUGAGCAUGAAGAAGGACGAUAAGAAGGCCACACCCGACGAUGCCGAGUCCGCCAACGGUAGCAUCAAGGAUGAUAAGAAGGAUCCCAGCGCGGACGAGCAGGCGAACUUGGGUACCAUUAUCAACCUCAUGUCGGUCGACAGUGUAAAGAUUUCCGAGGUCACGGCUUACCUGCACUUCCUUUGCGCCUCUGCGCCCACGCAGCUGAUUGUGGCCAUCGUUCUUCUCUGGAGGGUCAUGGGUCUGAGUGCCAUUCCUGGUAUCAUCGUCAUGAUCUUCCUUCUGCCCGUCAACUAUGGUCUUGCCAGAGGUUUCACCAUCACCUCAAAGAGGAUCCUCGCUGCGACUGACAAGCGUAUCAACGUCACCAACGAGGUCCUGCAGAACAUCCGCAUCAUCAAAUAUUUCGCCUGGGAGGAGCGCUUCGGUCGCAUUAUUGACGAGAAGCGUCAAGUCGAGCUCAAGGCUUUGCGUUCGAGGUUCAUGGUCUGGGCUCUCGCUGUUGCCAUCUGGAACUCGGUCCCUGUUCUCAUCACCUUCUUCUCCUUCCUCGUCUACACUCACUUUGAGGGCAAGGAUCUUCGACCUUCAGUCGCCUUCACGGCCAUCUCACUGUUCAUGCUGCUCCGUGUCCCUCUUGAUCAGUUUGGUGAUAUGUUCGCCCAUGUUCAAGAAACCAAGGUUUCUAUUGAGCGUGUUGAAGACUUCCUCAAGGAGGAAGAGACGGACAAGUACAUUCAACUCGGUCUGGACAACGUUGACGAAGAUGGUGUCAGACGUAUCGGUUUCAGUAACGCGACCUUCAUCUGGGGCGGUAAAGAUACCGUUGCCGAGGACGGCUCCCGUGCUUUCCGUCUCAUGGAUCUGAACAUUGACUUCCAACUCGGCAAGCUGAAUAUCAUUGCGGGACCAACUGGAUCUGGAAAGACGUCGCUGUUGAUGGCUCUUCUGGGUGAAAUGACGAUGAUGGAGGGCAGCGUCUACUGCCCCGGUGGACGCAGCCGUGAGGACGUUCCUACAGACCCCGAGACUGGCCUUGCCAACACGAUUGCUUACGUCGCGCAGUCUGCGUGGCUGGUUAACGCAAACAUCCGGGACAACAUUCUCUUCGCGACGCCCUACGACGAGCAACGGUACCGAAACGUUAUUGUCGCCUGUGCGCUUGAACGGGACCUUCAGAUUCUGGACAAUGGCGACGAAACUCUGGUUGGAGAAAAGGGUAUCACGCUCUCGGGUGGACAGAAGCAACGUAUUUCCCUUGCUCGCGCGCUCUAUUCCAACUCGGCUCACCUGCUCCUCGAUGACUGCCUCAGUGCUGUCGACUCUCAUACCGCACAGUGGAUCUUUAGCAACUGCAUCAGGGGCCCGCUCAUGAAGAACCGUACUUGCAUUCUCGUCACUCACAACACCACCCUCUGCGUUCCUUCAUCCGACUACGUCGUGCUGCUGGAGAACGGCCGAGUUGACAUCCAGGGAUCUUCCAAGGAUGUUAUCGCCUCGGGCAAGCUUGGCGAGGAGAUCCAGAAGUCGCGUCCCGGUUCAGCCAACCCAUCACGGAUCCCGUCUCGUGUGCCAUCAAGCGUUGGCGAUAACGAUACCAUGGUCAAUGGACAGGGCGAUGCUCUCGACGGCGUGGACAGCUCUAAGAAGGACGAGAAGAAGAAGCCGAAGGACGCCAUGGAAGAGACCAAGGCCACUGGAUCCGUCAAGUGGCCCGUCAUCAAGUACUACCUCCAGUCCAUGGGAGCCUGGUGGUUCUGGAUCGUCGCCUUGUUCGUCUUUACUACGCAGCAGCUUUCGGGAGUCGCAACAAACUUUUGGGUUCGAGAGUGGGCGAACCAAUACGUUCCGGAUACAGAAACACAAGGAAACUCGUCAGAGCAGCAGAUGGCUUGGAGCCUCCAGUCCAACUCGCACACUACCUCGACCUUCUCGACUACGUCAUUUGCCAACGUGGUUCGACUGGGCAGCUCGCAUGACCAGUUUGCUGGACAGAGCAUGGCUCCGGAAAAGCCUGUUAAUGUCAUGUACUACCUUUCCGUGCUCGCAGCUAUUGGAGCUGCAGGCGCAAUUGCGGCUUUGAUUAGGGAUCUCUGGGUAUUCCUGGGUUCUCUGACGGCGUCUGGUCGUAUUCAUCGCCGCCUGGUAGGAUCAGUGACGCGAGCUAGGUUCAAGUUCUUUGAUGUCACGCCGCUGGGACAGUUGAUGAACCGCUUCAGCAAGGAUCUGGAAGCAGUUGAUCAAGAGAUUGCGCCUGUGGCGAUUGGUGUCAUCAGCUGCAGCAUCUCGCUCGUUGUGACAGUCGGUCUGAUUGCAUCCAUCACGCCCAUGUUCCUGGUUGCCGCAGUCUUCAUCGCUCUUCUCUUCUAUCUCGUGGCCGCGUUUUACCUGCGAGCAUCCCGCGACUUGAAGCGUCUCGAAUCAGUCCAGCGCAGCCCUCUCUACCAGCAAUUUGGCGAGACUCUGAGCGGCAUGACAACAAUCCGUGCCUACGGCGACGAGCGCCGCUUCAUCAGGGACAACUUGGAAAAGGUCAACACGCAGACCCGACCCUUCAUCUACCUGUGGGCCUGCAAUAGGUGGCUGGCUUUCCGGGCAGACGUGAUUGGUGAUUUGGUAGCCUUCUUUGCAGGCGUCUUCAUCAUUCUCAGCCUCGGUCAGGUCGACGCUGGUGCGGCUGGUAUUUCCCUGAGCUACGCAUUGAGCUUCACUGAAAGCGUCCUGUGGUUGGUGCGACUGUAUGCUGUUAACGAACAGAACAUGAACUCGAUGGAACGUAUCAAGGAAUACCUGGAUGUGGAGCAAGAGGCCGACGCGGUUAUUGAGGACAACCGACCACCCAAGAACUGGCCUCAGAGCGGAUCUGUCGAGUUUGUGAACUACACAACGAGUUACCGCAAGGAGCUCGACCCGGUGCUUCGAGAUAUCACGCUCAAGAUUGAGCCCCGGGAAAAGGUGGGCAUCGUCGGAAGGACAGGUGCGGGCAAGAGUUCUCUGGCGCUGGCCCUCUUCCGAGCGCUAGAGGCGGACAAGGGCAAGAUUCUCAUCGACGGACUGGAGAUUGGCAACAUUGGUCUCCAGGAUCUGCGAGAGAAUAUCACGAUUGUGCCACAGGACCCGACACUGUUCCACGGAACGAUCCGAAGCAACCUGGAUCCGUUCAAGAUGUACGAGGACAAGGAGAUCUUUGACGCACUCCGGCGGGUGCAACUCAUCGGACCCGACGAGCCUAGAACGGUGCCGCCAACUCCGACACAGACCCCCAACUCACCAAGUUCGCCUGUGGCCAAGACCAACAAGAACAUCUUUUUGGAUCUUGAAUCACCCGUGACAGAGUCAGGAUCCAACUUGUCGCAAGGACAGCGACAACUCUUGUGUCUGGCAAGAGCAAUGCUCAAGGCCCCUACAGUGCUGGUGAUGGACGAGGCGACAGCAUCCAUCGACUACGCGACAGACUCGAAGAUCCAGGAGACCAUUCGAGAGCUCACGGGCACGGUAAUUACAAUCGCUCACCGAUUGGCAACGAUUGUGGAUUACGACAAGGUCCUUGUGUUGGACAAGGGCCAAGUAGUGGAGUACGCCCAUCCUUGGGAGUUGAUCAACAGGGAGGAUGGCACAUUCCGAAGCAUGUGUGAGAUGAGCGGCGAGUUGGAAGUGCUCAUCAAGGCAGCCAAAAAGAAGUGGGAUGCCGGACGUCUAAUCGACGUGGACUCAUAG